AUGCCCGGGGUGCCAUCCAACAAGGCUUGCGAGCGAUGCAAGAAGAGGCAUCUCAAAUGUGAUGAGACUCGCCCUCAUUGUCAGCGGUGCACCACUGCGGGGGUAGAAUGCCCCGGGUAUGUUCAAACCCGCAAGUUCAUCGAUCAAGGGGCAACAGUAAGACGCCGAUAUGCUCCAUAUCAGGAUCCUCACCCAAGGCAAGCUUCUACGCCUCGUUCAAGCAAAGCCCCCUCAGAGCCACCCAGUUCUGAGCCAAUACAGCCAAAAAGCUCGCAAAUAGGAAUAAAUGAACAGAUUCUACAGUGGAAUCAAUCCCCCGAGCAAGUUGACCCUGCUCUCAGCUUACAGAUGGGCCAGUCGAGGUUAGACUCGAGAGAGGACCCAAUGAUGGUGGAGAUGCCGGGCCUGGGUCCUUCCAGCCGGCCCGAGGUUGCCACGGGGAGUACCCAACACACGACUAUUCAUGCCCCAGAAAGCCCUGCCAUCUCUCUUCCCAAUUCCAUCUCUGGCGUUGAAGAGGGCAGUGGAUCUACGAGAAACACGAUCUAUAAAUCCAUGUCACCAACCGCCGCCACAAAUUUCCCAGCAUUUGAGAACUCUUAUAACCAAAUACCACAUAAACGCCCCGAAUAUCACAGACUGAUGUCUGAAACACCAUCACAGCGAAGUGAGAAAGAAGAAUUUCAAGAUAUUUUCUCAGAGCUCAUGACUGGAACUGAACAUGAGAUCGCGUUUCUCACUCGACAUUUUUCUGAGGUCAUAGGACCAUGGUUGGACUUGUCGGAUGCUCAGAAGUUUUUCACCGUCUAUGUUCCCAUUCGAGCCAUCAACAAUCUAUCCGUGAAAUAUGCCAUUGCAGCGCUAGCGGCCAAACAUCUGGGCCGUUUGAAAGGGGCCAAGUCCUCCCUGGGAGGCAUGUAUACAAGCCCUGCGACAACAGAAACAUAUCCCAACGCAACUCAGGUUGAUUGGUUCCUCAAGGCUGCCAAUUACUAUUACCUGGCAGCUUCAGAUUUGAACAACAUUACGUCCGAUGGUUAUAACGCUAUAUCUAGCUCCGCCAUCUUGGAAUCCCCCUUUGAAAUCAUCCUUCGAUGGAUUAACUCUCGCCAAACCCAAGCGAAGAUGAAACUCGCGAGUGAAGAUCCGAACGAUGUGGCGCUCGUUCGAAAGACAGAAGAGCUGCUGGCAACUUCUACUAUCCUCACUAUGUACAGACUUUUGGAUUUACCUGGAGACGAGUGGCACAUGCAACUUUCUCGAGUCCGCCCUUUAUUUGACUCCCUUCUCCGAUUAUAUUCGGCAGCAUCUAUCCCGUUUGCUCAUGGAAUUCGGGCUGCUUUCUGGAACUUUGCUCGUCAAGACUAUCUUGGUUCCUAUUUUACUCGGUCAGCUACACAUUUCGACCCGGAAAAUCUUCCUCUUUGGCGGGCGGCAGGAAUUUCCAUCAAUGACCAGAAAGCCUUUCAUGUUAUUUCAAAUGGUUCAACUUUGUCGCAGGAAGACCAGGCUGCGAAUGGCUUGAUCUGGCUUGUUACGAAAGUCAUCAAUUUUCUCGCCAGAUCCAAACAGGUGCAGCUCGCACAGUGGACGGGGUCUCCACCGGCAUCUUCACCCGAAGCCCAAGGCGCACCAGCGAGCGCCGCCCAACUGCCGUAUCCGGACACAGAUACCUGGCUCAAAUUAUCUUUCGAAUUUCAAACAUGGUUCGAGAACGUCCCCGAGACAUUCCGUUCUUCUGUGCGGAUCGAACGCCCAAAGGACAUAUCAAAGAACAUCGAAGGCUGCCACUUGCCUUUCCCCGAAAUCUUCCAUGGCUUGACAACCUGUGCUGCAACCAUGCAACAUUAUCACUUCGGACGGCUUGCUUUGUUACUCAACCGUCCGGCAGAUGUGAUCAGUGCCCCGUCCACGGCCUUUGACCGCUUACAAGGGUACCGGGAGGUCACGAAGGAAGUUGAGUUCCGUUCCCGAGAAGUUUCGGGCAUUGCGUUAGGACGCCCCCAGGGUGGGGUUCGAAUAUUUAUGGUCCCACUGCUUGUGGCCGUUGGACAAUGUCUAGAAAGCCCCGAGGAACAUCAGAUCAUUGUUGAUCUGUUACGGGGCGUUGAAGCUGAUUUGGGCUGGGCUACUGAAUAUGCCGUACGGAAACUCCAGGAUUCUUGGAAUCAAUGA